CUUUCCUUGAGCGACAGAAUACCAAUUCAGAACCAAUUACUCUACCCGUCCAUAAAUGUUCUACGACUCGGCUCUGUAUAACAAUCUCCGAGAGGUGGAUCGCGCGUCAGACCACUUCGAAGCGCGCGAUGACCCAGACUCAGUCAUUCGCUCGCUUGAAACGCUUUUUAGAAAGCACUCUGUAACGGACACCCUCGGAGUUGCUCUCCUGCAUCGACACUUUGAGCUUAAGCCGGAUGAGGUCGUCGUGGACUUGAGAGGAAUUGCCACGCCUUGGCAUAUAAGCUCUCUAAAGAACUCCAAUUACCAGGGCAUUGGCGCAGUCCUCCCUCUGUCCCUGAUGCUCAUCGAAGGACAGCCUCGUGCCUAUGAGUUUUACUUCGACAUGGAUUUUUCUCGCUCACCCGUUGAAAUACCCAAAGACUUUAUCUCUGAGUACGAGGCUAUCUUAGACACUCAUGGACUCAAGGAGACUCUGGGUUUACGAGUUUUGCGAACAACUGAUGACCGCCCGGGUGGCUCAACCAUGGAGUAUUCUGAGCGCUAUGCAACUUUCACCAUCCCGAUGGGAGAGAAGAAGCAGUCUGAUUAUACAAAUAACGGCAAAGUGCGAGUAAUCAAGACAACUUGGAACUUCACCGGACACGGUGACGGGAACGGUGGGUCCUGCUCACAUUAUUGUUGGCAUUGCGGACAUUGUGGGCAUUGUGGUAGCCAUCAAUACUGCAUCUGCCAUUAGUCCUGCUCACUAGGUAGCUUUACUCAAGGAUCUAAACUAUAAGAAGAGAUGAAAUCGUCACGGCGAAAACCUUAGAGGUGUCGCUGAAGUACUUGUAUAUCAAUCGGGCAAGCAGUGACUUGGUUUCCAAGAAGGAGAGCCGAAUUUGACGAUGCAUUCUCCUCUAGGGCGUUGUCAUCCCCGGUCUUGACCGGUUGUGGGCUCGUUAGCUAUCUUUUAAAACACGUAUGAGAGCAAAGAAUGAGGUUUUCGUCUUUUCAUGCAGAGAUUUAUUAAGAAAGUGUUAAUGUUGUAUCCUCCUUCUCUCCUUUCGU